UCACACUGGAAGACCAGUUGGAAGUCAAGAAGACUCUCUCACAACUCAUCUGAUCUACACAACUUCACCAGGUUGGAGAAAUGGCCUCAGAUAAUAAGACCGUUGCUGCCCUGGGUCGACCUUUCACCCUGGGAAUGCUCUAUGAUGCUCGGAGAGAUAAACUGAUCCCAGGUUUGACAUUGUGGGAUGAGAAAACUCUACAAGGCAAGAUAACUGAAAGCUCUCAGUGCACCAGUAACUCUCUUAUUUCUACAUCUGACUCCACUGAAUCCAAGUGCUCUCUGCUGGAUGUUGAAGCUUCUCUGAAGGCCAGUGUCCUGGGUGGACUGAUUGAAUUUGGAGGAUCUGCCAAGUAUCUGAAUGAUAAGAAGAAAUUCCACAAUCAGAGCAGAGUGACGUGUCAGUACAAAACUACCACCAACUUCAAGCAGUUAAUGAUUGAACAACUAACCAUGGACCCCCAACAGAUGGAUGUCAUUAAGAAGAGCUCAGCAACACAUGUAGUCACAGGCAUCCUUUAUGGGGCAAAUGCUUUCUUUGUGUUUGACAGUGAGAAGGUAGAGGCCAGCAGUGUUCAGGACAUCCAGGUCAGCAUGCACGCUGCGAUAAAUGUAUUAUUUGUUAAAGCUGAGGCGAAAGCUAAGGUACAGCUGACUGAUGAACAAAAAACCCUGACUAAGAAAUUAUCCUGCAAAUUCUACGGAGACUUCAUUCUUGAUAGCAACCCUGCAACAUUUGAAGAUGCAGUGAAGGCCUACGAACAACUGCCACAUCUACUGGGAGAAAAAGGAGAGAAGGCUGUUCCAGUGAAGGUCUGGCUGAUGCCGCUGAAGAAUUUCCACUCCGAAGGUGUUGAGCUGACGGGAGAGAUCAACGACAGUCUAGCGAGUAAGGCGCAGUAUAGCCUAGACGAUUUAAAGGAAAAAGAAAUAAGAUGCAACGAUUCUAUUGAAGACAAAGUGGUGGGGCAGUUUCCACAGAUUCGAGAGGAGUUGAGCACUUUCCAAAAAUUGUGUGGUAGUUAUGCAUCUAAACUCCAGCAGGCCUUGGCGAAGAAACUUCCCUCCAUCCGUGAAGGUAAAGAAGAUGAGAGCUCUCUGAACAAACUCUUUGAAGACAGAGACAAGUCACCAUUCAGUCAGGAAAAACUAACCAAGUGGCUGGAUCGUAAAGAGAGAGAAAUCAACGUCAUCAGAUCCUGUGUAGAUACCAUGGAGGGAACAAAGAUCGUCCCAAAUCAGUCAGAGCUGGACAGACAGGUUCUUGCUCCAGGUGUAGAAGACGUUCUGUGCUUUGUUUUCACUUCAGUGGAAAAGGGUGAUACCGACCUUGAUGUGAUGGCCGACCACUUGGGUGUUCAAAAAUUAGGAAGUACCAAUGAAGAUCCAUGGUACUACUCAAAUGAAGUUUUCACCAAAAUGAGAGAAAAAGCCAAAGCUUUCCAUGACCUUGCCAAAGCACUGAAGACCAACAGUCGAUUCCGUUUCCUCAUAGCAGCCAUUGCAAACAAGAAACACACAGGAGCAGCCAUCUACCAUUACAAGAAUGGCAUUCUGGUCACUGAAGAUUUUUUAAAGCCUGUCCUCCCUCCUGUGGAGACCAUCACAGACAGAAGAGAUCUGAUCUGGUAUGCCUGUGAUCUCAACCUGGACCCAAACACUGCAAACUACAACCUCAUUCUGUCUGAAGGAAACAAGAAGGCAACACGUGGAGCAUGGCAGAAAUAUCCUGAUCACCCAGAGAGGUUUACACAAAUACAGCAGGUGUUGUGCAAAGAGAGCUUAUCUGGGCAACAUUACUGGGAGGUAAAGUGGAGUCAGAAUCCCGAAAAUUGUGUUAGUAUUGCUGUUGCAUACAGGGAAAUGGAUAGAAAAUCAGCCAAUAUAAAGAGCCAGUUUGGACAUAAUGCCGUAUCGUGGGCUUUCGAAAACUAUCAAGAUAACAAAAACGCUCACAUACUUUUUGCAUUGAAAAAUAGUCAGAAUGUUCUGAAGACUCCUUUUCCCUCUGAUGGCUGUAGCAGAGUUGGGGUGUAUCUGGACUGGCCUGCUGGCACUCUGUCCUUCUACAGAGUCUCCUCUAACACACUGAGGCACCUCUACACCUUUCACACCACAUUCACUGAGCCUGUUUACCCAGGACUCUUGGUCUGUUAUGACCAAAACUAUGCGUACCUGUGUCCACUAGAAUAGGAGUAAUGACAAAUACUUGUUAGAUUCUUGG